AUGGAUACGAAACCAACGUACGUACGGCCCAACUUCCCACUGGUGCCUGAGACUAUCAAGCUCUCUCCAUUCGACCAGUUCGCUCCACGCGGCUACCUACCGUUGUUAUUAUUCUUCAAAACGAAAACAAAUAUUCCAGUUGAAGAACUAUCAUUAGAGCUAAAACAGGGUCUUGCCAACACUUUGGAUGUCAUGUAUUUUCUCGCAGGAUACCUAGAAGUGGAGAAUGCCGCACAUAACACGCUUGAACUACACAUCACAGGGGACGCCGGCGUUCCAUUCCAAGUCAAAAACUUGCGAGAUGUUGAAAAUCGCUCCUUAGAUUUUAGUGAACUUGAGAGAGGCUAUUUCCCCCCGUCAAAGCUCGAUGCGUCGGUUCUUCUCCUUGAACAUUUACCUCAGCAAGGCCUUCCCUGUCUCACUGUCCAAGCGAAUUUCAUCUGCGGUGGGUUGAUCCUCGGACUCAAUUUCCACCAUUCGGUAGUCGAUGGACCCGGGGUAGCUGUUCUUUGGAAAAUCUGGUCUCGACAAACCACUGCUGUUUCUGAAGGUCACAUCGUCUCUGCGUCAGAGACAUGCACAACCAAGGCCCUGGAGCGCUGGCCCUUGUUUCCUGUUCACGGGUGCCGUCGCAGACUUUGUGAAUUUCCAGGUUUCACAGAUGUGCAAAUGCUUCAAUCAUCAGGGUCGGAUAAUGGAGUGAAAGCACCCGGAUGCUCUCAAAGCUCUGGAAUUCCUACGAUAACGUGCUGGCACAUUCCCAAAAACAAACUCCUUGAACUACAGGAAAAAGCAAAGCCUAGAAGCGCAAACAGCCCCGUAGGAACAGAAAACAGCGUUCUUUCGGCUUUUAUUUGGCGCCAUUAUACCAAAGCGAGGUGCCCGCAGCAUCUUGACGUUAAGGUUGCCCUUUUCACGACUUGUGACGCCAGAUCCCGCCUUGACCCUCCGCUCCAUCCCGACUAUCCCGGCAACGCCAUUGUUGACUGCAGGGCAUUGAUGUCGCCUGUCCAGCUCCACUCAUCCGAUUCAGAUGCUAUUGGCCAAAUCUCAUCAGCUGUUAUGGAAAGCAUUAGCUGGUGGACUCCCGAUAAUAUAGGAAGCCUUUUAUGCUCCAUGCAAGCUUAUCCACGUGUAGGAGAUGUUAUUCGGAGCGUGCACGUUGAGCAUAAUGCCCUGCAAAUCACGAAUAUCUCAACUGUCCCCCUCUAUUCCAGCUUCUGGGGUAAAAAUUUAGAAUAUCCGCGAGCAAUCCGUCCUCCAUGGCUACCAAUGAUUGAUGGGCUAGUUAACAUUUCCCCUCGCCUGCGUGAUGGUGGCUUGGAGAUUUUUAUAUCCGCUGACGAUCAAGUAACGGAGAGAUUGAAACAGGAUGCGGAGUUCGCAGAGUAUAUCCAAUAUAGAUGCAGUUAA